AUGGUCCAGAACGGCGAUGAGCUGGCCGCGCACCUGGAGGAGGGGGAGGUGGCUUGCGUUGAAUGCUUGACGUGGCUCCUGGAGAACGCGCCUGUGCUGUCCUGGUCAAGGUUGGUCGCAGCUCAAGAGGCAGGGCAGUUGCGGGAUUCGUGUCAGCAGGGUGAGGCGCCAGCUCAGAAGCAACCAACGAGGGCGCCUCCCAGGACGCUCAACCUAGGCGACUCCGUCGACUGCCGCUUCGAGCUCUACGUGAAGUGCGCUGCGCUGACGGCCAAAGACGUGGAGCGGGAGUUCGGGAGAACGGCCAAAGCACUACACAUCAAACCAGUUGAGAUUCCAUCUCGGCCGACCCUGUUCACCGUCUACUUGGUAAAGGCCUGCCCCGAGCCGAGAGGCAAGUAUCCAACAUUCAAGCUGUACCACCGCAGUAGCACCCGAGAUGCCCAAGAGCUGUUCGAGAACCAGUCUACCGUGUUGUUUGGUGCUACUACUGCGGGCCAGGGUGGCGAGAUCAACCUCGACCUCACGCCUGGCGCGCGCUCGUCCAUCGCGACGUGGGCCGAGGUGCGGGGCCGCGCUGGCAGGCUAGCGGAGAAGAGCGCCAAGAGGAGCCGCGCGGGAUCGAAGAUCGGCGAGCAGGACGACGGCGACGGAGGGGGCGAUGACAUCGAGGUAAUUGAGUUUGAGGAUGCGGCCUCGAGCAGCGUGCAUCCCUUCGACCCACAUGCCGCGGCGGAGUGCACUGGGGCCGCUUCCUCCAGAGCCGACUCCAUCGAUCAUCAGCCUGGCAGCGCAGUGAAGAGGCAGCCGUCAAUGUCGCCGCGUGACAUGGGUGGUAAGCCUUUGAAAUAUUCGAGGGCGGCCGCGGCGCCCACCGACAGUUACGAGCCCGAAAUGCAGAACCCGCACACGCUCGGCACAGUGGACUACUGGGUCUGGGAGCUGGCGCUCGAGAGGGCCUUCAACGGCCAUAAGAAUGGGAGAGCCGAGAACCAAGCUAGACAACUCGUCCAGAAGCUCACGGGCACGGAGCGCCGCGCGCUGCAUACCCACCUGGAGCUCUACAGCAAGGCGAAGCUGUUCGACGAGAAGGCUGUGGCGAAGGUGCCAGACGGGGAGCUGAUGGCCUCAUGGGAAGUCCUACGAAAAGCGGGCGCCACGCUCACGCAACGGGCUGUGAAGGCAUUGGCCAGGAGGGCUGCCAUGAACGCUUGGCAGGACAUCAACAAGGCCGACCUGGACACGGACAAGAUGAAGCAGUUGCUGGUCGGCUUCAUGGAGCGGUGUCGGCCCUGGGGCUUCACCGACAAACCUCGGGAUGUUGCGAACCCAUGUGCAGCGUGCUUGGUCGAUGGGUGCACGUCCGACGCCGACGUCGCGAACACCUUCCUGGAGAUCGCCGUCGCAGAUGCCCUCGCCGAGUGGCUCACGGCAGGCCCCAGCGCGGCUGACAACGUCAAGCUCUACUGCGAGGCGGAGCUCGUCCUCGCACCAUUGCCCGAAGACGCGGAGCUCGGCGACCACUCUGCUUCAGUUUACCUCGAGAUGACUUCGGCGAUCCGGGUGCUGACAGCGAUACAGGCGACGUCUUUGACAGCGGACACUGACAUGCAGGUGUACGUGGACGCAGGGCGCUUGGAAGCUGAGGGCCGACGCACCACUGGACAGCAGAGCGUGCACCAGCUCGUGGGCCAGGCGCCCCUGACGAGCGCCAGAGCCUUCUGGGCUAAGAAGUUGAAGUGGAUGACGGAGCACGCAGAUGCAGUCACGAAGAACGUAGGCCAGGUGAAGUCGGCCAUCGCCGAGCUGGAGCGGAUGGACGCUAACCCGUCGGAGCAGCGCGCCAAGCUGCUCAAGCGCAUCGUGGGCGACGUACCGUACUGGGAGGCCGCCAUGUACACGGGUUGUGCGGACGAGUGCAAGGCCAUGGCCCUCAAUAGGUCCAUCUUGCAGUGCAAGGCGCUCACUUCUGAUGGCGAGGGCAACGGCGACAUCGGCACGGAGGGCGGCGCCCAGACGACGGCGGUGACGAUCGCUUACAAGGAGUUGUUCAAGGACUUGUCCAACGUGUUCGCGGCGGACGAGCAAGUGGAGCGCUGCUCUCGUGCGCUCCAGUCCAAGAUAGCGGCCGUGGACCUCGGGGUGAAGCACGAGAUGUUAGCAGAUGCGUUGGCCACGUGGAAUGAUGGUGCUACGGAGUUGACUCACCGUCUGAAGGGUGCGUUUCACAGCUGUCGCAUGAAGGCCCUGCCCGAGAAGCUGCAGGAGUCGUGCAACCCGUUGUUCACCUCCAUAAUUGCCGACCUCUUCAAGGACGGGGCCGACUGGACUACGAAAGAUGGUUGCUUGUUAGCGUGGCUGGGCGUUGCCUGGCGCGUGGCGCGCGCCCAGACAACGCUCGCGCAGGCGGAGCACCACGUGGAGGCGGGUUCGCAAGAUGCUACGCCUGCCGACGUCGCGCGCCACGCCAGGGAGUUGACUCGGGCCGUCCAGAAAGCGAACCACAACGCCCGCAGCAUUGCCCUUGAGAAAUUUCACGCUGGCGCUUCGCUACAGGCGGCUGACGCCGCGAACUCUGCGAGCGACCUUGUCCAGAGGGUCGGGGCGAAGAUCGUCGGCGCCCAGUGCGAGAAGACAAGGCUGGACUUCACGAACCUGAAGAAAAGCGCUGAGGAGGCGGCUGGCGUCGCUGAGUUCAAGAAGGAGUGCGACAAUUGUACGACUCUCAAUGCCGCGCUCGACAUCUACCGCCUCGGUCUGCACGAGGCGCCCGUCAACGAGUGGCUCGACCAGACGUGCACCGCCGAGGGGGCCUUGGCGACCGUGGCGGGCAACGCGACAGAGCACUCGCUGCCGAGCUACGCCACCGAGGCGACCGCAGGCAUCACCGCGGAGAUCGUGGUCAUCCGCGCGCUCUGCAUGAGCGCAGAGCUCCUGAAGGCGUUCGGCACGGAGUCGCUCCAAGCUAACAAAAUAGCCAUGCGCAACAGCUGCAUGAAUACCCAGUCCAAGCUCAGGAAGUUCGGCAUCCAGCCUGAGUCGCUGUCGCGCGUCGUUAUGUCGCGGUACAGGGAUGCGCUCAAGAUGCGGGCCUGCGACGACAGGGCCGCGCCCCCGCAGCGCGUCGACCGGCGCUGCGUCACGAGCCCGCCCGCGACGGGGCGCGGCAGCAACUGGACCGUCGGUAACCGAGGCAGGCUGCGGGCGACGAAGAGCGGGCCUGGUGCACAUUGCGAGGCGCACGCGGUGUUCGUGCCGGGCCACCGCAAUGGGGUAGCUGGCGACGAGAUGCAGCUUUCUCUCCCGCUGGUCCCCACGGGCAAACAGGGGCGCGCAGCCCUCGCCGCGGGCGCCCUGGGCCUGGCGGCCUCCGCGGGCGCGCUGCCCGCCGCCGCGGAGAAAAGCAAGGACUACUUCAUCUUGCCCGAACUCCCGGGACCCUUCGAGGUCGAUCCCAAGGAGGCCAUCAUUGUCGGGGACGCCGAGGCUCCAAAGGCGAAAGAGGCUAAGAAGACGGUGCAGAAGCUCCUGACGGAGGCGGAAGACGUGCUCGCGAAGCUGGAGGCCGACCCCCAGGCGGACGUCGGUUAUGUGGUCACCGAUUUUGGCAUUGCGGACUUGCGCCAGGCCACGAACACAAUCAACAAUUUGAUGGACGAGGCCACAGCGGCGGGCACCCAGCGGCUGCAGCGCCUGAUGAUUAUGAACAAGUACCUUUUUGAGGACGAGAUCCCGUUCCCGGUCUCCAAGAAGGGCGUCGUGCAGAAGCGCGGCCCUGCCCGCCUGGACCGGAUAAAGGUGGCCUUGAACAGGUACGUCCAGUACUCCAAGGAGCUCCUGGAAUUCUUGUGA